AUGGGGAAAGCCAACAACGAAAUAAGUCAAUUGCUAAAGAAGAGGGUUAUGCGAAAUUGCCACAAGAAGCGCAGGAGACAAGAACGAGCGGUCGCCAAACGUCUGGCUGCUGAGGAGGCUGUUACGCAGAGGAUAAGUGACGGCGUAAAGAAGCAGAAAGCAUUGGCUGAGAAAUAUUAUUCCAAAUUGAAAAAUAUUUCAAAAGAGGCUAAGGACCUGAGAUGCAAAAUACAAGUACAACAACACACGACAAAGGUAUGAUGAUUUUGCUUCAAAUAUGUGUAUUAAAAAGCUCAAUAUUUUUACAAAGUCCAGAAAUGUAUUCAUUGUCAUGAAUGUACUAAAGCCCCUUGCCAUCUCAAAAAGAUCUUCUCCAAUAAGGGCCACCUUUUAAACUUUAGGAAGUGUACUAAGAUCCAAAGUGUGUGUGUGUGUGUGUGUGUGUGUGUGUGUGUGUGUGUGUGUGUGUGUGUGUGUGUGUGUGUGUGUGUGUGUGUGUGUGUGUGUGUGUGUGUGUGAGGGGGAUUUUGGGGGAAAUCCCACCCAAAGUUUAGCAAUUGCAAUUUUCCCACGUGGCUCAGGGGAAAAUACAUUCAAGUGAUGUCAAUAAGAAUAAUAUCCUCAAAGACCAGUUUGGGCAAUUUGAAAAGUUUGCAAAUCAAUAGUAUUAGAUGUAACAAAAUGGAUUGCAUAAGUUGUGAUUACCUUGUACCAAGAUGAUUUUAAUAACAUUUUAUGAUCAACAAACUCAAAUUAUAGAAGUAGUGAGUGGAAGGAAAUCACAACAGCAGAAUUUCUAUUUGCUUGACUACAUCAAUUUUACAUAAAAUUUCAAAUAUAUAUUUUGUAUUCUGAUAUGAUUAUAGGUUUUAUUAGAUACAGCCGUUAUAUAUAUUGUUGUUCACAUCGCUGGACGAACAAUGGGGAAAGCCAACAACGAAAUAAGUCAAUUGCUAAAGAAGAGGGUUAUGCGAAAUUGCCACAAGAAGCGCAGGAGACAAGAACGAGCGGUCGCCAAACGUCUGGCUGCUGAGGAGGCUGUUACGCAGAGGAUAAGUGACGGCGUAAAGAAGCAGAAAGCAUUGGCUGAGAAAUAUUAUUCCAAAUUGAAAAAUAUUUCAAAAGAGGCUAAGGACCUGAGAUGCAAAAUACAAGUACAACAACACACGACAAAGGUAUGAUGAUUUUGCUUCAAAUAUGUGUAUUAAAAAGCUCAAUAUUUUUACAAAGUCCAGAAAUGUAUUCAUUGUCAUGAAUGUACUAAAGCCCCUUGCCAUCUCAAAAAGAUCUUCUCCAAUAAGGGCCACCUUUUAAACUUUAGGAAGUGUACUAAGAUCCAAAGUGUGUGUGUGUGUGUGUGUGUGUGUGUGUGUGUGUGUGUGUGUGUGUGUGUGUGUGUGUGUGUGUGUGUGUGUGUGUGUGUGUGUGUGUGUGUGUGAGGGGGAUUUUGGGGGAAAUCCCACCCAAAGUUUAGCAAUUGCAAUUUUCCCACGUGGCUCAGGGGAAAAUACAUUCAAGUGAUGUCAAUAAGAAUAAUAUCCUCAAAGACCAGUUUGGGCAAUUUGAAAAGUUUGCAAAUCAAUAGUAUUAGAUGUAACAAAAUGGAUUGCAUAAGUUGUGAUUACCUUGUACCAAGAUGAUUUUAAUAACAUUUUAUGAUCAACAAACUCAAAUUAUAGAAGUAGUGAGUGGAAGGAAAUCACAACAGCAGAAUUUCUAUUUGCUUGACUACAUCAAUUUUACAUAAAAUUUCAAAUAUAUAUUUUGUAUUCUGAUAUAAUUAUAGGUUUUAUUAGAUACAGCCGCAAUUGGUAAUGGUUCAUUAAUAUCCAAAACUAUUACUGCUUCAGUAAAGCAAAUAAGCCCCAGUGAGUUGUCACCAGUGGAGAAAAAUAACACUGGUACUAUUCCUGUUGGCUCCGGGACCUAUGGAAGGAAGUUAUGA